AUGAAUAAGGGUCUUUCCAAGCGUGUUUUGUCCCCACUAAAGAGGACAGCCUCAGGUUCAAUUAGUUCAAUAGAGUCACUGCCGCCAAAAACCGAGGCUCCGGAAAAACUGCGGACCUACAAGGAUUUUAUCAACCGAACCAUAUUUACGAUUGCCAUGGCGUACGUAUUUCUUGUACUCAUUUCAUUGGGUGUGGAGGUGGUUAUUCCGCUUGUCAUUGCCAUUGAGUGCACAAUGUUUUACGAAAUUACUAGAAUAAACCAGCGUGCACGGAAGGAUAGGCAACUUGUAUCAAUGUUUGUCUUGAAGCUUUGGUUUCUGGGAUCGACCAUAUUUUUAGUGACGAGUCAUAGCAUUCGUGAACCACUGGUCGCGACAUCCCCAUGGCUUUUGAGGUAUUACGCCAAUUUUGGCAUGUUUGCGUUCGGCUUG